CAAGAAUGUGGCGGUUGAAAGUGAAAGAGUAAGCGUAAUAACAGAGAAUAUUCAAUUAGCCAAAGAACUAUAUCUGGAAAGUCUAUAUCUGAAGCCACCCACACAAGGAUUCUAUUGUCCUAAUUGUCGGGCUUGCAUCCAGAAAGUUUUGAUUUUGGAUCCAGUAAGGGAAGAACCUGAUACUCCUGCACAAUCUCAUCCACAAUUUGAAAGAUUCAGAUGCUCAACAUGCUUCAGUUUUCUCAUCCCAAUAGGUAGUUGGGUCCUUCCUUGGUUGGUGCGUGACAAAGAAGAAGUAACUGAAGAUGCACCAAAAACUAAGGUUCCACCCCCAGAAGAAGUUCCCCCUCAUUCAGGAAGUCAAAUGUUGCAACCUGAACCAAUAAUCACUGAUGGUGCACAUAAAACUCAAGAAGAUGAACAAGGCCCAGAUGGAUCUAGAACCAAACCUUCACGUUGGGGAGUUUUGGCUAGUGCUUCAGCCAUUGCUGUACAGAAAAAACCUGAAGUUGAUAUUUCAAAAAUUCCAGAACGGCGACCAGCCGAGAAUGGGGUAGAUGGAGCAAGCACAGAUCUAUCACAUCAAAUUAUUGAUGUCCCAGAAGGUGAACAAGGCCCAGAUGGAUCUAGAGCCAAACCUUCACAGUGGGGACUUUUGGCUAGUGCUUCAGCGAUUGCUAUACCAAAAAAACCUCAAGUAGAUAUUUCAAAAAUUCCAGAACAACAAAAACCAAUUGACGAGGCUGCAGAUGUCGGGGUAAGCACAGAGCCCCUAGGAAGUACAACAUCGGCUUCUACAACUACAGCAGGUGCAGUUCAAGAACCAGGAAGCGGAAAGACAUGGGAUAUUCCGAAAAGCAUAGUGUACGGUGGUCUGAUUGAAUCUAUUGCAAGCCUUAGCAUUGUGGCAUCUUCAGCAAGUGCAGAUGCUACAACAUUGAGCAUUCUGGCUCUAUCUCUUGCAAACCUGAUCGGAGGACUUUUCAUCCUUGUUCAUCAUAUGUGGGACCUGAAAUCGAUGCCACCAUUAGUGUAUGGCUUGACCUUCUAUGAGAUCAACAAUAAGGAUCUGACCCUUGUGGCUGUUGCCGGAGCUUCUGUAAUAUGCAUCACUCUACUGUCCAUUGCAAAAACUUACAUUCAGAGGCCAAAUAGUUAUCUCACAUAUCUCAAAACAGUGAUUUACUAUCUCAGCACUGGAGCUCUGAGUUCUGUACUUUCUUACUUGGCUGGUGUUCUUAUAAGGAAACUUCUGGAGAAGCUUGGAUUUGGCUCAGAAAGCUCACUCGGUUUUACCUUGACGCUGCCUGAGAUGAGUAUAACUGAGAAGCCUAGAUUUGGAUCCUACUGA